GGUUUUCAUAUAUCUGAAAGUUGGAACAAAUACAAAUACAACUAGUCCAGCCCAUGUCUGGAGGCAGUCUCCGGGAUGGUGUCCAGCAAGCUUGUAGCUACUAUGCUUGUGAUGUACAUAGCGACCAUGCUGGCUGCCCAGACAGAAGGCUUUGUCCCCAUUUUCACAUACAGUGAUGUCCAGAGAAUGCAGGAGAAGGAAAGGAAUAAAGGGCAAAAGAAAUCUCUGAGAGUGCAGCACAGAUCAGAGGAGGGGGAUCCUAUUGCUCUCCUGGAGUUCAAGAAGGAGGAAGAGAAUGAAAUGAUCAAGCUGACUGCUCCUGUAGAAAUUGGAAUAAGGAUGAACUCCAGGCAGCUGGAAAAAUAUCGGGGCGUCCUGGAAGAGCUGCUGACUGAGGUGUUGCUGUCCACCCAGAACGUGAAUUGAUGGGCUCUGCCACAGAAGAGUGUGGACAAAACCCUAUGUUUUAGAAACCCGACAGUGAAGCUGUGGACAGGUGCCUGACCCACUCCUGGAUUUCAAUUUAAGAAGAAAACACACAAUCCAA